AUUCGUUCCCCAACCAACAUAAAAGCUCCUGCUUCCUUUGGAAAAUAUUCCUCACUGCCCUCUACUUGCUGCAAAUACACUUUACUUUGUGAGACAACUUCUACUGGUGUAGAGUGGAGUGAGCCCACUUGGUUUGGCAUCAAGACCUCUGAACAGAGAUGGGGAUAGGGUCCCCUGGGGACCCCAGAGCCCUGAGCCACCUGCUGCUCCUGUUGCUGCUACUGCAGGAGGAGUCCCUGGAGUCCGGCACUGGAACCCACACUCUCCGCUACGACCUCAUGGCCCUGUCCCUGGACAGGCCUGGGAAGCCCCAGUUCCUGGCCCUGGGAUACUUUGAUGAUGAGCUCUUCCUGCGCUAUGAUGGCGAGAGCCAGAGGGCAGAGCCCCGGGGUCUAGGGAUCAAGAUGGACCUGGGAGCUGAGACCUGGGAGAGAGAGACCAAGGACCUGAAGGAGAAGGAGCGGCAGCUCAGACAGAUGCUGACAGAGAUCAUGGGUCAGCAGGGCCAGGGCUCAGGCCUUCACUCCCUCCAGGCCACGUUGGGCUGUGAGCUCCAGGGAGACCUGAGUUUUAGAGGCUCCUGGCGCUUGGGCUACAACGGGCAGGACCAGGACUUCCUCACCUUCAACUCAGAGACCCUCCCCUGGACGGUGGCCACACCCUCAGCCCAGCACAUCAAGAAGCUCUGGGAGACCCAAGGCCCCAGGGCUGAUCUGGUUAAGACUUUCCUGCGUGUGACUUGUCCUGCCCAACUCUGGAGAUACCUGGGCUCCUCGAGGGGCCUCCUGGAGAAUAGAGAUCCCCCGUCAGUGACUGUGACCCGCAGUAAGAACCUGGUGGGCCAGGUCCUCCUGAGGUGCUGGGCUUUUAGCUUCUAUCCUCGGGGUGCCACACUGACCUGGCUUCGGGAUGGGGAGCCCAUGCACCAGGGCAGCUUUAGGCCUGGGACCAAUGUGCCCAGUGGGGACGGGACCUACCAGACCUGGGUGGACACUCGGAUCCUCCCUGGAGAGGAGCAGAGGUUCGCCUGCCACGUGGGACACUGCGGGCUGAACACCACGGUCCCUGCAGUCUCUGGGCCUGAAGGUCAGAGCGCUUCCUGUGCGGCUGCUCCUGCUGCGGCUCCUCUCGCAGUGUCCACUGUCGCUGCUGUGCUGUGUUUGGUGGUGGUCGAAGCCUAGACGAGGAAGCACACAGAGGAUGUGAGAGCCCAGGAACAGGAGAAGAAUAGACAAGCUGAAUGUUUUUUUUGUGUGUGUGUGAGGAAGAUUAGCCCUGAGCUAACACCUGUGCCAGUCCUCCUCUUUUUACUCAGGAAGAUUGGCCCUGGGCUAACAUCCGUGCCCAUCUUCCUCUACUUUGCAUGUGGGACGCCUGCCACAGCAUGGCUUGAUGAGCAGUAUGUAGGUCCCCGUUGGGACCUGAAAUUGUGAACUCCAGGCCUCCGAACUGGGGCACUCGAACUUGACCUCUACGCCUCCAGGCCGCCACUGACAAGCCGUCUUCUUGUUUGCAGGAUGAGCAUACCAGAUGUGUAUUAUGAAAUUUGGCUAAAAAAAAGAAAAAAACAGAAAGACUCAACCAUUUAUCCUGCCUUUCAAAUUCACAUAAGACCCGGACCUCAUGAUAUUCACUUAGUUGAGAAAGAGAGGUGUUUUUUGUGCAGAAGUAGUCCAAAUAAUAAAGAUAGAAAAACAAAGGCAGAAUUACAUUAUCACUGCUUUGUGACCCUAAUGAAUGAAUGGAUCUCGGCAGUAACCAUCAAGGGCCACUGCAUGGCCACAGGGAGACAGCUGGAUGUAGUGCGCCUCCUGGUGGAAGUACAGAGUACUACCCCUGAUGUCCCUCCAUCAUCAAUUUACUGUAAAGAGAAAGCAAUUGACUGGGAACAAAGAAUCAUAUUCAACCACAUGGUGGACAGGUCCUCAGCAAAGGCACAGUCUUUCUGGAAAACUACAGGCCUCACCACUUUGUUUCUUCACCAAAUAAACUGCCAGAAAACACACAAAUAAUAAAGAUGGAGAGGGAAUCAAUAUGAAGCCGGGUACCUGCGGGUUACUGUAAAUAUUCAAUAUGAUUUACCUUUCCACCUUCUUAUGAAAAGAAGUUCAUCUUGUCAAUUUGCUGUUUUCUUGUUUAACCUGAGGGGUGACUCAAGAGUCACAAGGAUUCAUGAGCUUGUUUUACAGGAGAAUGAAUGCCUU